CGUCUUGUGCAAUUCCGAGCGUGCAAAUGGCUCUCGGUGCCAUUGUGGGCGUGCAAACGGGUCCCUGUGCAAUUCUGGGUGUGCAAGAGCCAUCCUCGUGCUAAGGGAGGUUCCUGGCGCGGCGGUGAGCGUGCAAAGAGUGCUCCCGUGUGAGGGGAACGUCCCUUGGCGGCUGCGAGUGUGCAAGGGCCGUCCUUGUGCAAUGGUGAGUGUGCAAGAGCGUCCCUGUGCCCUCACGAGUGUGCAAGAACGUCCCAGUACACUCAUGAGUGUGCAAGGGCCAGCCUUGUGCAAUGGUGAGUGUGCAAGAACAUCCCUGUGCCCUCACGAGUGUGCGAGAGCGUCCUUGUGCAGUAAUGAGUGUGCAAGAGCGUCCCUGUGCACUCAUGAGUGUGCAAGGCCCGUCCUUGUGCAAUAAUGAGUGUGCAAGAGUGUCCCUGUGCACUCACGAGUGUGCAAGGGCCAUCCUUGUGCAAUAAUGAGUGUGCAAGAACGUCCCCGUGUCCUCAUGAGUGUGCAAGAGCAUCCUUGUGCAGUAAUGAGUGUGUCAGAGCGUCCCUGUGCCCUCACGAGUGUGCAAGAACAUCCCCAUGCCCUCACGAGUGUGCAAGGCCCGUCCCUGUGCCCUCACGAGCGUGCAAGAGCAUCCUUGUGCAAUAACGAGUGUGUCAGAGCGUCCCUGUGCCCUCACGAGUGUGCAAGGUCCGUCCCCGUGCAAAGCCCGGCCGUUCCACGCCGGCCCUGCGUGGCACUGGGGGCGACCCUUGUGCAAACCCCCCUUGCACGCCCCCGACCCCUCCCCGUGCCUCACACGAGCGUGCACGGCCCUGUGCGAGACCCCCAGCCCUGCUCACGCUCACACUCACGCUCACACUCACGCUCACUCCCGGGGCUGGCCUGGCACGAGCGGGGAGCGUGCCCGGGUGUGAGCCCCGGCCUCGUGCAAGGCCCAAAUCCUCGUGCAAAUUCCACUUCAAGUGAGCAAAUCCUUGUGCAAGGAUUGUCCUCGUGCAAGGAUUAUCCUUGUGCAAGGCCCAAAUCCUUGUGCAAGGCCCAAUCCUCGUGCAAACUCCAUGUUCAAGUGAGCAAAUCCUCGUGCAAGGAUUGUUUUAAUGGAAGGGAUGUUCCUUGUGCAAGGCCCAAAUCCUCGUGCAAGGCCCAAUCCUCGUGCAAGGCCCGAUCUUUGUGCAAGGCCCAAAUCCUCGUGCAAAUUCCACUUCAAGUGAGCAAAUCCUUGUGCAAGGAUUGUCCUCGUGCAAGGCCCAAAUCCUCGUGCAAGGCCCAAAUCCUCAUGCAAGGCCCGAUCCUCGUGCAAGGCCCAAAUCCUCGUGCAAGGCCCGAUCCUCGUGCAAGGCCCAAAUCCUCGUGCAAGGCCCAAUCCUCGUGCAAAUUCCACUUCAAGUGA